AGCCAGGACUGGACCAAGAACGAUGAGAAGCUCCUGCAAGCUGUGGACUACAAUGAUGCUGGGAGGGUAACAUCUCUCCUUGUCCGCAAGGGCUUGGUCCCCACCAAGCUGGACUCAGAGGGAAAAUCUGCGUUCCACCUGGCUGCCAUGCGGGGGAAUGUGGACUGCCUGGAAGCCAUGCUGGCUCAUGGUGUGGAUGCCAUGACCAAAGAUAGCUCAGGUUACACCGCCCUGCACCUGGCAUCCAAGCAUGGCCACCCGCAGUGCGUCAGCAAGCUGCUGCAGGCCUCUUGCCCUGUGGAUGUGGCCGACAGCAGUGGCCGAACAGCGCUGCACCACGCAGCGGUCAGCGGCUGCAUCUCGUGCUCGGAGAUCCUCUGUGAUUUCAAGGCUUCCUUGAACACCAAGGACAAGGAUGGCUCCACGCCGCUGAUCCUUGCGGCCAAGAUGUGCCACUCGGAGCUGUGCCGGUACCUGCUGCACCGCGGCGCGGCUGUCAACAGCCGGGACCUGCAGGGGAGGACAGCCUUGAUGCUGGCUUGUGAGAAUGGCAGCGUGGAGACGGUGGAGGUGCUCGUCAAUGCCGGUGCCCGGGUGGCUGUGGUGGACUCCACUGGUCACGAUGCUGCACACUACAGCCUGGCCACGGGCAACGCUCUCAUCCAGCAUUUCCUGCAAGAGGCUGCUCAGCGCCGGUCCUGGGCCAGCGAAGAGGAGUCAACUGAGCAGACAUCCCAGACAUCUUCGCCCAGCCAGUCAUCCGUCAGGGAGAAAAACAGCACCCCGAGGAAGAGGAAAGCCCCUCUGCCCCCCAUGGGCGCCUCCAACCAGGAGGACCGAGACGCCUAUGAGGAGAUCGUACGACUGCGGCAGGAGCGGGCCCAGUUCUUGCAGAAGAUCCGGGGCUUGGAGCAACAGGAGAAGCAGAGACGGGAGCGGGCAGAGCUGGACGAGGGCUCCCUGCGCUCCAUGGAGAAGCAGAUCCAGGAGCUGGAGCAGCAGCUGGUGGUGCGGGAUGGUGAGAAGGAGCAGCUGGGCAAGGAGGUGGAGGCUCUGCGGAGCCGCUUGUCCUCACUGGAGAACGAGAAGGAGAACACGAGCUACGACAUUGAGACCCUGCAGGAUGAGGAGGGGGACCCGCUUGAGUUCCCAGGUAGGGCUCUGACCUCCUCCCAAGGCCCGUGUGGGGCUGGACAGCCCUCAGGGAGGAGGCACUCCAUGGUGGGGAGCAGGGGUAUGGGCAGGGAUGGCACUGGAGUCCAUGCACCCUGAGGGGCAGAGCUGCUGCUCUCCAAGAAGACGCUGAGCCCCUCGGCUGAGGAGCUGCUGGCCACGCUGCAGGGGCAGGUGCAGUCCCUCACCAUGCAGAACAAGGAGCUGAGGGAGAAAAUACAGGUGCUGGAGAACUACGAGCGGGAUGAGAGCAACGUGUCCACCCCGGGGGACUUUGUGCCUGCCAGCCUCUACAAUGCCCUCAAACAUGAGCUGGAGCAGCUGCGGGCGCAGCGUUCAGAGCCAUCGCAGGGCACAGAUGUGAGAGAUGAGGCCGGUGGGCAGCCGAAGGGGCUUACUGGUGCCCUGGGGAAAACCAAGGAAGGGAGUGCAGCACAGCAGCUUGCUGAGGAGCAGGCCUGGACCUGGG